AUGAGCUCCCGGGGGGUUUCACUGGUCUUCUCACCAAAUCAGGCUUCGCUCUAUUCAGCAGAUGAGGAGUGCAACAUCUAUGAAUGGGACAUUGUCUCAGGUCGUUGCCGGCAGAAGCUUAAGGAGCCGUGGAGUGUUCGCAUCCAAUGUCUGGCCAUCAGUGCCAAUGAGAAAGCGAAGCUCGCCAUUGGCAGCUCGACUGGUAACAUUGAUGUCUUUGAUGUUGGUGCCAAGCUCUCCGCGGAGCCUAACCACAGCAUCGGCAACCUCACAACAAGAAUCGACGCACUCAGGUUCAGCUCUGACGGCCAAAUUCUAGCAGCAGCUUCGCGUCUCAAACCUGGCGCGAUGAAGCUGGUACACACUGGGACUAUGACUGUCUUUCAGAACUGGCCGACACAAAGAACGCCGCUGCAUCGUGUCUCUGCUUUGGACUUCUCCUGUCAGGGGGGAGUGCUGGCGGUUGGCAACGAAGCAGGGCGGGUGAAACUGACAUGUUUUGUUCCUGCUUUGAUUCUUUCUCCUGGAAGAGAGCGCUUGGGAAACCUCUGUGGAACAUUGCAAUCGCUGCUCGUCUGCCUUGGCCCAGCUCUGUGCGCGGCGCCAAGGAAGUCGCGGUCACAAUAG